UCUGAUUUUAAAGCAGAAUUUAAUAGGACUAAUAUGAAGUGGUGUGGUUGCGUCUUGUUGCUAAUAUAAGCCUGGUUAAAAAGGCUUUUCUCAGUGAACAAAACGAGAGCAUUGGUUGAUAGAAUACAGCUUUUGCCUGAUCCAAUUUUUUUUAUUUGACACUGACAUGUAUUGGUAUUUGACACAAGUUAACAUUAAUUUCUGCUGUUGCCUAAUAGGCUGAAGCGUAAAAGGAGAAAGAUGAGGCAGAGGUCCAAGUAAGCCCUCAUCAGGACCAGCUGUCAGAGCGUCUCCAGGUGACUGGCACUCGAGGCUGAAGUGGAUGAAGUGACGCCAGCAUCGGCAGAAACAACCUGUGCUUGUAGAUGACUGCUCAUUUCACUGAGACAGCUGUGAAUGUCUGACCGACAGACAGGAACGACACUGGACAGAUCUAUCAACAUCUGAUAAUGGCAGCGGUUGUGUUCGUGGACCAUACUGCAUUUUAACCAACAACUGUCAUUGGAAAAUAAAACACUUAAAAAAACCAUCUUUGUCUGUUUGCUGUAAUUAUGUCAUGGUAUGUUUGCACAACUCAAGUAGCACAGCUUUGAAGAACAACUAAAACAUUGGGAUUAUUAUUGGCAGGUUGACCAUUACCAGGUUAUCAUUAGCUAAUACACAUGAAUGGUUUUAAUUACUAAUUAAGUUGGAACAAAACAAUCUGUGGGCUGUAUAUUGGGGUCAUCAAAGUUAGUACAUAAUUAUAUAUAAUCAGCUUUGAGACCUUGACACUACCUCAUCUGUCAUAACAACCUCACCUGUAACCAUACAAAAUCAAAGGAACUUCCCUUUGUUGUCAUCUGAUGUCAUGACUGUGCCUCUUCUUUGGUCUUUGUUGUUUUAUGGCAGUAUCAGGAGAAUAGGAAGUGAUGAGAAAAGUAGCAGGAAUAAAAAGAAACCGAUCGAUGAACUACUGCAUGUUUGAUUCUAAAAGUAGGCAGUAAUGUGACGUUGUGGGUGUCUACCACCGUUUAGUACUUUUACUGAAGGUGGCAUCCUAAAUGUUGCAUUACUGUCCAUUCUGUCUCAAUUCACAUUUGAGAAGAUUUUUUUUUUGUCAUGAAUAAAUCGAUAAUCAUCUCCAGCCGGCACAGCAGGAAAUAUUUAUGACAAAGUGUAGAAUAACAGAUAAAAAUACAACAUCCAAAAUGAACAGCAUGUUCAUGCGAAGAGUCGAUGUUUUCGAGGUCAGUGACAGUAGCCCUGAAGACUACAACGUCAGGGAAAUAACAGUCACUGACACCUCUUUAGGAUGCCUGAAGGAGGAGAAUUUACUCUUGAGGAAGAAAGAAUACAUUUUACGGAACAUGUCCAAACUUGAAGACCUGGAAAUACUGCAGAGAGAAAAUGAUGAUCUGUUAGACAGAGUAAAUCAACUGCAGCAUUCAGAGGACUUUUUGAAAUGUAGUAUAAAACAGAUUGAGAGUGCCCUUCUUCAAUACGAAAGUGAGAAUAUAGAUCUGUCUGCAAAGGAACGUGAACUUGAAAAUCUUUCAAAGGUGAAACAAAGAGAGAUCGAGAACCUGAGAGCACAGGUGGGUUAUCUCCGGUCUCAGGUAGACAAGGCUCACGAGGCGCUCACAGAUAAAGAUGAGGAAAUACAACAACGGGCAUCUCAAAAACAGGUGGAGCUCAAGACCCUGAAAAAGGAACUGAUAAGUCUCCAGAAACAUGAAGUCAACCUUAAUAAGGAGAACACACUGCUCACGGUCGAGCUGACUGAAGUGAAGAGUGUCUUACAGGAACUGUCCAAAGACAAUAAUGAACUCAAGGCAGCUGUGCAAGAUCUUCAGGACCAAGUGAUGAAAGAUCAGAAAAUUAUAACGGAGCAAAAUAUGGAAAUUUCCGACAAUCGACAAAUUAUGGAGGAGCGUUAUGAAAUAAUUAGUGAUUUGAAAAGGUCUCUUGCCGAUCUCAAGAGCCAGCAGGAGACGAGGCAGGAGGAGGAGAUGCUGACAUUACAGGCAGAACUACAUAGUAGUCUUGCUCAGGAGCAUGACGUGCUGCGGACUUCAUCGGAAGAAUCUCAGCAGCUGGAGGCUCAAAGAGAGAUUGAGAACCUGAGAGAGCAGGUAUGCUGUCUUCAGUCUCAAGUUGACAAGGCCCUCGAUGCCCUCACAUUUAAAGACAAGGAGAAAUCGGGUCUGUCGAGUCAGUCGGAGGCAGAAAUGAUUGGAUUUCAAAAUCAAGAGGAGGUUUUGUGUGAACAGAUAGUAAUGAUUACAGGCGAUCUUACUGAAGUCAAGACUGUCCUACAGAAACUGUACAAAGACAACAAUGACCUUAAAGUAGCUGUGCAAGAUUUUAAGAGCCACGUAAUGAAAUCUCUGGAAUUCAUAAUGCAGCAAACCAUUGUAAUUGCAGAGAAAUGGCAAAUUAUGGAGGAACGUUAUGAACUGAUCAAUGAUUUAAGAAAGUCACUGACUGAUCUGAAGAGUCAGCAGAUGUUGAAACAGGAAGAGAUGUUAAAGUCAUUAAAGGCAGAAAUACUGCAAAGUUGUGCACUGGACCAUCAGCAGUCGGAGGGUCCCAUCAAAGAAUCAAAUGAGCUGCAGGCUGAUGUAGAACAUCGUGAACAUCUGAAUGCUUUAGUCGGGCAGGAUAAAAAGGUGAAGGCUCACACUGAAGGGCUUAAGAAGUUUUUUGAUCCUCGUGAGCAAAACAGGCCAGUGGAAAUUUUUAGAAAAGAGCCUGAAAAGCAGGAGUCUAUUUUAGAGCAAUAUUCAGAGCUGGAGAUUUCCAAUCAAUGGCUAAAGGGUCUAGAAACCACCAUCAAAUUGCCUGAGGAGCUGAUAGAUACCUCAAAACUAACUAUGCAGCCGAUGGUUCUUUCAGAAAAAUAUACAGAACCAGGGGCCACCAUAGCAGAGCCAAACAAGCAAGCAGAUCUUUCAAAAAAGCCCCAAAAGCUUAAUGCUCAUGUGAAGUCCAAGAAGUUGAUAACUCAGGCAAAACAGUCUGAUAAACUGAGAACUUCUGCAGAGGAGCCCAGAAGGUGUGAGAUUAUUGCAAAGGUAGCUGAGGAACUGAAAACUCCUUUAAAGGCUGAAGUGAAUCGAUCAGAGAUGUUCACGGACCCAGCAGAUUCCCCAGAGAAGUCUCAGCACAUUAAAGUCCCUGCAAAGGUAUCCAAGAUAGAUUCUACAAAGGAGACUAAGGAGUCUGGAGGUUUUGUAAAGCAAUGUAAGAAAAGAAUGUCUACAACAGAGAAAGGAAAAAGGACAAGAUCAAGUCCCUCACCAAAAAAGAUGCCUGUAGGAAUUCCUGUAAGGACUUCUACAGAAGGGUCUAAUAUUCCAUUAGAUCCCAAGAAAGUUAUCAAAGGCCAUGUGGAUCCUCUUAAGGAGGUGGAGGUCACAACUGAAAAGCAAAUGGAUCCUAGAAUUACCUCAAAACAUUUUACAAAAUCAGUCUCUCCAGUGCAGAAAGGUUUACAGCUGCAGGUCACCUCUGAGAAAAAGACACCGCUGGUGAUUUCUGCAGAGAUUUCCAAACAAGGACCAAGGGAACAGCUGACGGCUCCCUCACUAGAACAUCAGAAAUGGAAGGCACAUGAAAAACAGCAUGAACAAUCCCAUGUGCUAAAGGUCUGUGAGGAUCCCACUCCAGAGAGGGCUGAGAACCUGAGGACACCCUUACUAGAACACUCGGAACUUCCCACAGAACAUUCUAUGAACUUUAAUAUACACCGAUCACCUGCUAAACAGAAUAAGAAACAAACUAUUGCACCAAAACAGCCUGAGAAUUUAAAUGUUCCACUACAGGCCAAGGUGGACGGUGCUGUAGAAAAGUUAGAAGAACUGGUGGAUCUAGCAAAUAACAAAGAGAAGUUUAAGGCUCUUGCAGAAGAAAAUAAGCCGAUAGAAAAAGGUAAAGGGCUUGAGCCGAGUGUAGGUAAAGCCAAGGCACUGGUAAAGCCCACAAAGAAAUCCCUGGAGUUUCACGGAGGGGUUCCUAAGCAGUACAAGAGCCCCUUGAGGGACUUCAGCAAGCUGGAGACUCACAUAGAUGGUGAAGAAAAAGUGGUAGGUCCUGCAGAAGAACUGAAGAAGUUAAAUCGCUUUGCUGAAGACUUAAAGCACCAGGUAAAACACCAGGAGCUUGAGAUUCCUUUAAAAGGAAGAACUGAGCUGGCAAACUCAACUGAAGAAUUUGAAAUUUCCCAAGGAGAGUCUGAGCAACUGAGGGCUCUUUCAGAAAACUCUGGCGAGAUGAACACUUCCACCGAGAGCCUAAUGAAGCUGCUGGAGGAGCAUAAGAAACCAGAUGAUUACGAAGACAGACAAAAGUGGCAAGGUAAACGUACAAAACAGAAUAAGCAGCCUGAGAAUAGCAUUAAGAAGACAGGAGAGUUAGAACCACCGACAGGAGGACCGGAGGAACUGAAGGGUCAGACAGACCUACUCAAGAAACUGGACGUACCUGCAGAAAGGCCUAAGCAACCAAAGUCUGAGGAGAUUGAAACCCAAAUCCUGGAUGUUACAAAAAGGCAAAAUGAGUUAGUCGACACCCUAGUAGAGAGUAGGCAGUUUAGAACUCUCAAAGAUUUGGAGCAGCUGAAAACGCCAGAGGAACCUAACGAUCCUGCCAAAAGAACCAAGGAAAAUGUUUCAGAUUCAUUUAAGGUAGAAAUACUUAUCAGUUAUCCACAAGAGCAUCAGCCACAAGGGGAAUCUAUCAAUGAGUCGAGGGAGGUGGAUCUACCCGGAAAACAUCAUAUAGAAUUAAAGACGCCUUUAAAAACAAACGAAAAGCUCGAGGACAUUGCAGAAAAGACUAAGCAUCAGAAAAGCACUGCAGAAGACUUCAAGGAGCCGAUGGAUACAGUCCAAGACCCCAUGGAGAGUCACAGAGAGGAGCCUGAGAAGGUCAAAGUUCAAGCAGAGAAGCAUAUGACUCUUGAUGUUCGAGUAGAGUGUCCCAAAGAUCAGGGGCAUUUUGCGAAGGAGCCUCAAAAGUCCAAGACUUUCAGACCAAAGCCUGGUCCACAGGUGGUCCUUGAAGAAGAGCUCGGAGAGUUUCUGGCUCCUGCUGGAGAAUUACAGUGGCUACCUCAGACGGAAAAGGCUCAUGAAGUGCUCCCACAUGUGGAAGUAGAAGCACGACGGUGGAACAAUGAAUCAAAGACGCAGGUCAGGACCUUGACUAAAACAAUGAUUGUUCCUCAGGAAUCUGAAGAGUUUCCAAAAGAGCAGGAUAACAGGCGAACAGCGGUGCUGACCGAAGUAAAGACUGUGUUUGUUCAGAAAAUAAACAAAGACAACAGUGGCAGAAAUGCAGGCCUCCAGGACCAAGUCAUAAAAGCUCGGGAAAUUAUAACUCAGCAAUAUAUCGAAAUUACUGAUGAGCAACAAAUUAGAGAGAAUGACCAUGAUCUAACGGGUGAUUUGAAGAAAUCACUACCUGAUCUUAAAAGACAAAAGGACAUUGACAAAGAGGAGACUCCAAGAUCAUUACAAACACUAAGACUAAAAAUUCAUGCACAAGAACGAAGGCCAGUGGAGGCACCAACGGGACAGCGUGUAGAGCUAGAGGCUCUGGUGGGAGAACCGGAGGAAGUGGAGUAUCCUGCGGAAGAUUAUCAACAACAAAGUCGUAAUACUGGAGAGUCGGAAGAUAUGGAGUCCUGUGCAGAUCAGGAGGCUGCAGACCAGGAGGCUACCUCCGUCUUUAGGGCUCCUUUCAACAUGCCUUGGUGGUGUCACUAUGCUAAAUGUGUGCUGAAAGUAGGAUUGCCUAUUUGUAGCAUCACAUUUGUGGCAAGACGAAUGGGAAAGUUACUUAUUCCUACAGCAUGCAUGCAAAUGGCUGCUGACCCCAGCUUUGCCCAAGUGCUGCAAGAUUUCCUCUGUCAGGCCCACCAAAUCCCCGUUCCCUUUUAAAUGAAAUGGCUACUUGCUAGGACUCAAGACACAAGUCCAGUCCACUCCUUUAUUUUCUGAAGGUUCUUCACACUUUGCUGAUGACAAAAUAAUUUCUGAGCGUUUAAACCAUGAGGGACACACCCUGAAUUAUGGACAAUGAAUAGAGAAGGAAAUAAAUAAUUUUGGGCUAUGGAUGAAAUGAAAUCCCUAAUGUAGGCAAACAUAAUAGACAACUACCAGCAUCCUCCACUGGAUCUGACAAUUAUCUACUUUGGUUUAAAUUAAUUGUAUAUUUUUCUAAUUUUUUUACUCAUAUUUAUUCUGUUAUACUAGAUAGUCACAUGUAAAUAAUAUGACACUGACUAUGAUUAAACUGAAUGUUUUCAGGUGAAAAUAUUUUGCUUGUCUCUGAAAUGACGUAGAAGUUUUUGAAGAAUGGAAACACAAGCAAAAGAAGUCAGCUUAAGAUUUAUUUAGUUAUCUUUGGCAGGGUUUUUGGUAGAAAGAGCAGAUCUUUAUGAUGCAAAGCUGACAUGUUCAAAUCGACCACGUGUGGGUUGUAAAGGUAACUGAAAACAACCAUAUCUUCUCCCACGUACUUGUAUGGGAAUGUUGAAGUGAAGGAUGUUCACAUACUAAGUAUGUAUGCAAAAGUUUCUGUUAACUGAAAUAAAAAAAUGUUGUUGUAAUACUGGUCCUAAUAA